AGAAGUGAGAGAUAUGGAAGGAAAGAAGCAAGUGGGUUCCUCGUCCUCGUUCCCUUCUGAUCUUUUCGGUACCAAAGAAUCAUCGCCACCAUCCAAGGGAGUUUUCGGAUCUGUUUUUCCGCCUGCGUCAAAGAUGGUAGGGAGGGACUCAUCAAACUCUGAACUGUUGGGAUAUUUGAGAAAACAAGAUUCAGGGAAGGAUGUCUUGACCAACAAACAUGGAUCAGGUCCAGAUAGCAGCAAUGGUCAAGGCAGAGAAUUAGGUAAUAAGAGUAGUAGCAUACCCAACACGGACAGCAUGAGUUCCAAUUUUUAUCAAGAUGAGUCAAUGGGUCCAUGCUAUCUCAGCUCCUCCCUUUACUAUGGUGGACAGGACAUCUAUUCCAAUUCCUCCUCUACUACUCGGCCAUCAUCUGGAUCUACUACCCCUGUUCACAAGCAAGAUGGGCCAGGAGAUGAUCCAAAUGAAAACAAUUUAGACAGUGCUUCAAGAGGCAAUUGGUGGCAAGGUUCACUCUAUUACUAAAACCUUAAUCAAGACAUGUUCAUGUUAUUUAUCUAUGUUCUUAAGGAGUUAUAUGACGUCCAGGCAGUGACUUUUGUCGGCCAUGUGGGAUGUGAAAGAUAGAACAAAACCUCAUCUAUGUUGAUCUUGUUUUAUAGGAGGGCUUUGCUGUAAA